AUGCCAGGUGACGACGUUCCCCGUGCGGGGCCGCACCGCCGGAGCGUCAAGGCGGUCUCUGCGUCGGAGUUCGGCGAGAAGAGACGCGCCAAGUUCCUGGAACAGCAGAGAAAGCAAAGGAAGAAACGCAUCGACCUCGCGCUGUCGAUCGCCCGCGCGAACAGGCAGGACCAGGACCGCGCCAGCGAACCGGCGUCCGACCAGCCUCAAGCGGGCACGUCCGACACCCCCACCCCCAGUGGUGCUCGCAAGGGCGCGCGAGGCCACGGGGCGGCGUCGCAGCGCUUCUGGAGCUCCCAGUUCCUGCAGCCGGACUGGCUCACCGACGUUCCAAGCGACCUCGAGGGCUCCUGGCUCGUGUCGCCGCGUCCGGAGGGGCGGCGGUGCCUUGUUGUUGCGGACCAGGGGUCGACGGUGGCGCGUGGGCGGUCGGGGCGCGUGCUGGUGCGCUGCCAGUCGGGCCUGCCGGGCGGCUCGCGGAGCACGCUGUGCAACGAUGGGGCGACGAUCCUCGACUGCAUUUACACUGGGUCAGGGGCGGGGGUGUCGGUCGGGGGCGAGGAGAACAUGGCCGUCGACGGGGACGCCAAAGACACCCGAGGCACCUUCUGGAUCGUGGACAUCGUGGCGUGGCGCGGGCAGUCCCUCGGCGAGGCGGACGUCGACUUCCGCACCUUCUUCGUCGCGUCACGCCUCGCGGAGUGCCCCGCGCUGGGUCCUCCGUUCCGGGACCUUCCCGCCGUCGCGUGCGCGCCCGACGCGAUCCGGCAGGCGUACGAGGAGCCCGUCGACUUCGUGCGCGACGGCCUGAUGCUCACGCACCGCGACUCGCUGUACGUCCCCGGGCCGACCCCUCUGGUGCUGCUGUGGAAGGACGCGCGGUGCAGCCGGUACGUGGUGGACACCGACGCGGAGGGGCGCCCCGCCGCGGAGCAGGAGGCCGUGCUGCGGCUGCGCGAGGACGGCACUGUCGCCACAGAGGACGACCCGCCAGUGGUUCUUGCGCGCAUGCCGGACACGUUCAUGGCGCAGCUGCGCGGCGGGGAACGAGGGACUCCGAAUGGCGACGCGGCAAUGGCAGAGGACGACGGUGGCGGUGGCGGCCGAGGAGCCGGCGCGCCGCGCAGCGUCGACGGACGCCUCCUGCGCUUCGCUGUGGGACCGGGGGGCGUCCGGACGGACCAGGGCGGCGCUGCAGCGGACCUGCGUUACGUCGGGCUAGGGAAUCAGCGGCGGGGGCGCGCGGACAGCCUGAGCAAGAUUGUGUUUCAGCAGCAGGCGCGGACGGGGGCGUUGGUGACGAUCGAGGACCUGCUGGAGGCGGCCAGGUCGGGCAUGGCGGAAUGA